AUGAAGCCUCAGAACAAGGAGAACAAAACACCCACUAAAGGGGAGAGCAGACCACCGACAAAGAAGGGGAGAACAGGGGCCGACAGUCUCCACAAGGAGAUUCACAAGCAGCAGGUAUCAGGAUCCCCCCCUCCAAAAAAAGGUAGUGCGGCGCAGAGAGGGGGUUUAGGGUUUUUUUACAGAGAAUAA